GUACUGAACUCGAAGAUACACCCACCACUAUUCUAGGAAGUCACAUGAACUGAAUAUUUUCUUACUUUGUCUCUGCAGGGCAAUGUUGGUUAAUUGCACUAUUAUGUACUUUGGGGAUUGAGUUGGUUUUUAGUAAAAGUAAUGAGUAUAUUUGCAGCCUCACCCAAGAGUGCCAGGUGGGCAUUCAACGCUAAAACUUGGCAACCCACAGAAUCACAAUUCCUGUUAGCAUCCGCUUGUAUUCAAGAAGAAGAAAAAGCUCGCAUUGGAAAGUUUGUGUUCCGGAAUGAUGUUAAAGCUUCCCUAGUAGGCAGAUUGCUCAUGAGGAAGUACGUCAGCAGCACCUCGGGCAUUCCUUACUCUGAAGUUAAGUUUCUGAGAGACGAGAAGGGGAAGCCAUAUGCUUUAAACUCCAAAGUAAAUUUCAACGUGUCCCACCAUGGAGACUAUGCUGUCUUGGCGGGAGAAGUUGCAACCAAUAGAGUGGGGGUUGACGUGAUGAAGUUAGAGUAUAAGACCGGGAGAGAAUUGGAAGAAUUUUUCAGCAUUAUGUCACUGCAGUUUACUUCACAAGAAUGGGGGAGGAUCAGAGGUCCAGUAGACACACCUGCCUACAAACAAGUUGUCAUGUUUAAUCGUCAUUGGUGCUUGAAGGAGAGUUAUUUAAAAGCGGUUGGCCUUGGCAUUUCUGUAGAUUUGAACCGUGUUUGUAUGAUGAUUGGGGACCAGGAUCUGUGUUUAGGUGCUGUUGUUAAAGACACUCAAGUGUGUUUUGAUGGCCAACAUUUGAAAAGCUGGUGUUUUGAAGAGACCCUGCUGGAUGAAGAACACUGUGUAGCUGUUGCUGUUGACAAGGACUCUGAUGAAUCAUAUAUUGGAACAUUUCAGAUUUUUGAUUUUGAUCACCUGAUGAAUGGGAGCAGUCCUUUACUAGAACUAGAUGCUAAGUAUACUCACUACUAUUUUGGGAAAUGUGAAAAAGUUUCUGCAUGUUCUAGCAGUUUUCAUUAAAAGAAAAAUAAAUAUUGUAUGAGUCUGGUGAAAAGUCUUGAUUUGGUUAUAUGCCUACUGUUUUCCUCAUUGCCAGGUAGGGUAUCUGUGCAAAAAUUAUUUUUGGCUAUUUAUAUCAGCUUUUGGUUUUGUGUAGAAAUGACUCCACUUAGUUUGGUUUUAUGUACAGUUAGUUACUUCUGUACCAAAUUGCAGAGUGUAGGAUCUUAUGGACAAAUCUCAUGUUACUUUAUAAUUCUUGCAAUUGCAGUUUCUGCUAAAAUGUUUAAGACGAGUGUGUUAUGUAAUGGUAAGUAAUAAUUGAAUGGUGAAUUUUCACUGUUGUUAUGCUGAUUAUAAUAUAAAAGUUGUGGUUAAUUUGUCUCUACAGGUUAGUGUAGUUAUGUUGUAAAUCAUGUGUUUAGACUUUAUUUCAUUCUUCAUGACAUUACUCAGUUCACUAGCACAGACUGACACAGUAUAAAAAAUGGCCCUGAACCAAUUGCAAUACGGAUAGUGUUGAUUUUUGUCUUAGUGAAACCCAGAAUUACAUUUUUCAUAAAUUCUUAACGAGUUUUUUUGGUUCCCUCUGACUCUUAUGUCUUUAAAUAAAGAAGAAAUUUCAGAAAAUUCAGGACUAUGGAAUUGCUGGAUUAGCAUAUUUGCUGAUCAGUAAAUGUCAGUAUAUUUUUUUAAUGGAAAUACUAAAGAAAAAUUAAUGUACAGUAGAAUACUAUUUAAAAAAAGUUGUAACAAGCUGUUCUACGGGAAGAAAUAGUACAGAUAAGCAUUAGUCUAAAAGUCAGUAUGGAAAUGCACCAGUGAAAUGUAUCCCGCUAGAAAAUGGGAAAAACUUUACUAAAAAAAGUUUACCGGCUAACGAUAAACUCUAAGUGAACUAAAAUUUUAUCAUUAUAGUCGUGACCUGGUGGCAAAAUUCAAUGUCAUAUUACACCCAAAAAGAAAUCUGAAUUUGAGCAGUUGAUUGGUGCCGGAUUACGGAAUAUGCAGAUCUGUAGAAUGCUGUUUAGUAUAGACCAGAGAUGUCUGAAAGUAAGUCUUAAAUAUUAUAGUUAUAAUUUUUAUUCAAAAUCUACAUACAAUUAAUUUUUUGUAAUAAGGGUUAUUUGUGCAUGAGGUUAUGUGUAAUAUUUUUACGAGUGUAUUAAUGUAUUUUUUGUUACAUUGAUGGCACAAUUUGGCAUGGCAAGAAGGCAUUGACCAGCCACCAUUGUGUGGUAUUUCCGCCCCUAUCUGAAAUAAUUAUCCCUCGAGAUGAAAUGCUCCGAGCACCCAUUGUUGCGCAUCACUGACCUAGUAAUUAUUUCGUAAUUUAAAUUGACAAACUCGUAUAUUCUCAGGGGCUGUCUUGGGCAGCAGACUGUUAACAUAGUUUUUUUUUUUUUUUUUUUUUUUUACCAUU